AUGCACAAAGCGCCUGCGAAAGCAGUGGUCAAAUCAAUAGCUGAUUCCGAGAAAAAGUUUAAUAAGGUGCUGCAGGUUGGAGUCGAAUUUCCGGGCAGCAUACAAGGUAUUCCGCAGUACUUCUGCCGCCUCAAACGUGAAAAGAAGGACAGUCUAAGAGUCCUGAAGGGUAAGUUUGGACAUCCUCGCCUGAACACCAGCAGAAAACGGAUAUUAGUGUCUCUGUAG